AUGUCGCAAGCUUCGAACACAGAUCUCGAGAAGAACGUUACGGAGCACUAUGAGGGACGCCCCCUCACGCAUACCGUGACUCCCGGAGGCAAUCCGGCCGACUACUCUCAGCCCGCUUUGCCGCAGUAUCAUCGCAAGGUCGCCAAUCCUGCUCCGCUUGGUCUCGUUUCUUUCGCCGCUGGCUAUUGGCUGGCUUCCGUCUUGACACUCUAUGCUCGAGGUGUCGAGAUUCCCAACGUCGUCGUUCCAGUCCUCGCCCUCUUCGGCGGGCUGAUGCAGACGAUUGUGGGACUUGUCGAGAUGUUCCUCGGCAACACAUGGGGCGCGACGGUCUUCUGUAGUUUCGGCAGUUUCAACUUCACCUACGCUGCGCUGUACCUACCUGCUUUCGGAGUCGCGCAGGCGUACAUGCGCUCCGACGGCACUCUCGACCCGUCCUUCAACCAAGCCGUCGGUCUUUACCUACUAAUGUGGGCGCUGGUUGUCGGGUUCUUCUGUGUGGGCGCCCUCCGCACUUCCGUCUCGGUUCUCGCCACCCUCGUCUUCACCUUCCUCAACUUUAUGACGUUGGCGAUCUGGAAGAUGGCCGACAGCGACACCGCCAGGAUUGUCGGUGGCGUCUUUGGCCUCUGCGCUUCCGCUUGUGCCACUUGGGGAGCCGCGGCUGGCUUUUACACGAGCGAUGCGACCUUUGGGUUCCUCCAGCCGUCGCCGAUCAACUUGCGCAGGGACUGA